GAGAUUUUGAUCUUCUACAGUACCUAACCUAGGCACUAUUUUCAUAUAAUUACAAACUCAUGAUGCUUCACUUCUAUCUCAAGUAAUCAAAUAGGCUAACUUUGGAUUCCUUGUAGAUUAGGUACCUCUUAUGUACCUAGGUACAUAUAUGUCUUCAUGUAACCCGCAUUAGUUACGUUACAACUUACUACAGCGAACAAGCAAGAAGCUGGGCGUGAAUAGCAAGGGUUAUGUAUUGGCUGCCUAAUACAACUUGAUCGUUCGAGCCGAGUUACAGCGCCAAUCGUGUUUACUUCAAGUUUGGCAUCGUCUAUGUAUUUGUAUAAAGUGUGACGGCAUAGAGACCUUAUAUGACAGAGGCUAUGAAUGAUGAAUGAUGAAUAACUUCUCCUCACAGCAGACAGACGUAUAAAUACGAUGUAGUCACCUGGUAUAAGACAUAUAUAUGUAACUAUCCAGGUGCCUAGUAACUAACAGUGACUAACACCACCCGCUUCUGCAAUACAAUACAAUGUCAUCCCCAUCCUCCAUCACAACAUCCAUCCCCACCGGCGCCAUCUCUCAAUGGUGUCUCCUCCCGCACUCCCCGCGCGCGAACUUAUUCGGCGCCCAAUGUCCGGAGCCCCUCGCAAGCGGCUCCCCCUCCAGCUCCCCCGACGACUACCAGGGGAUAUGCUGCGACGGCGUGAUCGUCGACACCUCCUUCGACAUCUACAACAACAGCAGCACCUCGUCGCCUAUCAUCCCCUACUCAGACCCUAACGCCGGCCUCCCCCACCAUCCCGUCUACCUAGCCGACCUCAUCUGCUGCGGCGUCGCCGGAACCCAGACCGCCGCGCUGGCCUUCGCGCCUGCUAGUACCGAUCCGAGGACCGCUUGCGCCCCGGGAACCGCGGGCACCCCGCUCGCGAGCCUGGCCGCGACGAACGUGGGCCGCGCGACGCCGUACCUCGUCACGUAUGCCGACAGCACGUCCCCGUCGAGCAGCAGCGGCGGCGCGGGGGACCCGUCGGCGACCGUGACGAACGACCUCUGGGGCUGGGGAAGCCCGCGGUAUGGCGCGUCCGGGACGCCGGUGUGUUUCCUGGCUAAUACGAAGAAGGAAGGGGGCGCUGGCGUGGUCGAGGUUACGGUCGCGGCGACGUACGUGGCUCCAACUAGCACUAGUACUACUCCUACAAUUUCGGCAGACGGCUCGGAGUCGGCUGAGGGGUCCACGGGGUCUUCGGGACCUGGGUCUUGGGGUGUGCAGUUCCGGCCCAAGACUAGCUUAUGCGUUACCCUCGGGCUUAUGGUAUUAGGGUUGCUUCUUAUGUGAAGCAUACCUACCUAGGUUUGGGCGAUUUAUGAUUAUUAUAUGACAUGAUUGAUUGGAUGGGUUGAAUGUGAGGAGGGUGAUAUCACGGGUAAUGAUACUGGUAUAAACAAUAGCGGAUUUAAGCUGAUGACGGAUAUGAAUUGAUAUUAGGUACCUAUAUAUACAGUAUCUUAGCAUCUUAGCAUAUAAUGCAAAGCUUUAAUUAUUACCAUCUCAUUGAUGUGUGCUGCGAUAGGUUGU